UGAAACAGAACAACAUAAAUGCCAAAGAGAAUUUGUGUACGUCAGAAAGAAAAGAGAGAGAGGGGUCACUUUUGCUUUUCUGCAGUGUAAAAACAAGCACAAACAGUCAAAAUAAAGAAACAGAAGAAAGUGAGGUUUGAGAACCAGACCAUUGGUCCAAAACCCUUGUUAAAGAGGGUCAUCCUCUAACAUAUUGAGCUAAAAAAACCAAGAAAUGGGUUUUGCUGUUUUUCUCCUAGCUUUCUUUCUUUUCCUGUCACGAACACAAUGGGUUCUUGCAAAUAUUGAGAUUAGAGCACUCAUGGAUAUGAAAGAUGCUCUAGACCCGGAAGCCAGGUACCUGAGUUCAUGGAACAUUAAUGGUAGCCCAUGUGAUGGUUCAUUUGAAGGUGUUGCCUGCAAUGAGAAAGGUCAAGUGGCUAAUAUUUCAUUGCAAGGAAAAGGGCUUAACGGGAAGGUGUCCCCUGCUGUUGCUGGGUUAAAGUAUUUGACUGGUUUGUACUUGCAUUACAACUCUUUGUAUGGAGAGAUACCAAGAGAAAUAGCUAACCUGACCGCGCUGAGUGAUUUGUACUUGAAUGUGAAUAAUCUGUCCGGGGAGAUACCUCCUGAGAUUGGAAACAUGGCCAAUUUGCAAGUUUUGCAGCUUUGUUAUAACCAGUUCACUGGAAGUAUACCUUCUGAGCUGGGGUCCCUGGAGAGGCUUAGUGUUCUUGCUUUGCAGUCAAAUCAUCUCACCGGAGCAAUCCCUGCGAGUUUAGGGGAUUUGGGGAUGUUAAUGAGGCUAGAUUUGAGCUACAAUCACUUAUUUGGUUCAGUUCCAACAAAAGUAGCAGAUGCUCCUCUGCUUGAAUUUCUAGAUAUCCGAAAUAAUUCACUCUCUGGCAAUGUACCUCUAGCUCUUAAGAGAUUGGAUGAUGGAUUCUUGUAUGAAAACAACUUGGGAUUAUGUGGAGCUGGGUUUAUGUCUCUGAAAGCUUGCAAUGCAUCUGGUCUUAUGCCAAGCAGACCUGAACCCUAUGGAACAAAAGUAAAUGGCCUGCCAAGAGAGAUCCCAGAAACAGCAAAUUUGCAGUUGCGUUGCAACCAAAGUCAGUGUUCGAACCAGUCCAAGGCCCAUCACGCAUCAGCUGCUGUUGUUACAUUUGUUGUGACUAUUUUACUGGCAGCCAUAGGAAUUCUGACAUUUAUUCAGUAUCGCCGUCGGAAACAGAAGCUUGCUAGCCCAUAUGAAAUUUCUGAUAGCCGCCUGAGUACUGACCAGGCAAAGGGGGUAUACAGGAAGAAUGGCUCUCCUCUAAUCAGUCUUGAGUAUCCUAAUGGAUGGGACCCUUUGGCUGAUGGCAGGAAUUUAAGCGGGAAUGCACAGGAUGUCUUCCAGAGCUUCAGGUUCAACUUGGAAGAGGUGGAGACAGCCACACAGUACUUUUCCAAGGUGAAUUUGUUAGGUAAGAUUAACUUUUCUGCAACCUACAGAGGAAUUUUAAGAGAUGGAUCCACGGUUGCCAUUAAAAGCAUUAGUAAAAGCAGCUGCAAGUCGGAGGAAGCUGAGUUCUUGAAGGGGUUGAAUACUUUGACAUCACUGAGGCAUGAGAAUUUAGUGAGGUUGAGAGGAUUCUGCUGUUCAAGGGGCCGAGGGGAGUGCUUUCUCAUUUAUGAUUUUGUUCCCAAUGGUAAUUUGCUGAGAUAUCUUGAUGUGAAGGAUGGGGAUGGCCAUGUGCUUGAAUGGUCCACCAGGGUUUCAAUUGUGAGGGGUAUUGCCAGAGGUAUAGCAUAUUUGCAUGGGUACAGCGCAAACAAACCUUCUCUGAUCCACCAAAAUAUUACUGCUGAAAAGGUCCUCAUUGACCAGCGAUGUAAUCCGUUGCUCGCGGAUUCUGGCUUUCAGAACCUUCUUACGGAUGACAUCGUGUUCUCAGCACUCAAGACCAGUGCCGCCAUGGGGUACCUAGCUCCUGAGUACACUACCACAGGCCGGUUCACAGACAAAAGUGACGUGUAUGCAUUUGGAGUAAUCGUUUUCCAAGUUCUCUCAGGGAAGCAAAAAGUGAGUAACUUGGUGCGUCUUGGAGCAGAUGCUUGCAGAUUCCAAGAUUAUAUUGACCCCAAUCUCCAUGGCCGAUUCUUUGAAUACGAAGCAGCUAAGCUUGCAAGAAUUGCUUGGCUUUGCACUCUGGAGUCUCCUAUGGAAAGACCAUCUAUGGAAGCAGUUGUUCAUGAACUAGGUAGCUGCAGUAGCUGUCUCUAGUUUCCAUGAGUGUUUUCUUUUACCAUUGCCUGGGGAAGUUUUCAAAUAGGAAAUUGCAAGCUGAAAAAUGGCAGUGGCAUUAACCACUCACUGAACUUUUGUUCAUUGUUUUACUGCUAUAUCCUCUUGCUGAGGACUAGCUAGCUUUGUCGCAAGUGUGUCAUGGGAUGGUGAGUUUCUUGUAGACCAGAGAUGGAAACCUCAAUGAGGUCUUAAACGUAAAUAUAUUGUUGUCAAUUCCAUCCCAAUUCUAUAAAUUUCAUCAAUUAGGUCCCAAGUGUUUUCUACAUUUCUCAAUAGAUAUUUUUGUCCAUUUUGUAAUAUGCAUAUUUUAUUCACGAAGAUGAUGUUUAUUGCAAGA